AUGUCGGGGAACGGCGUGCAGGUGGAGCCGCCGUCCGUCCGCUUCACCGAGGUGCGGGCCGGGCAGGUCCACCGGAAGGCGGUGACGGUGACAAAUGUCGGGAAGAACUCGAAGAAACUCCGACUCCAGCGGCCCACGUCCGAGCUGUUCGGGUUUAAGGUGAACAAUCCGACCACAGCGGUGGCUCCUGGUCUGUCUGUAAGCGGCACACUAGAAUUCACCCCAGAGGGAGAAGAGGAGGUCAAAGAUCACCUGCUGCUUCAUAUAGAUGAACAGGAGACAGUUGUAAUCCCAAUACAAGUGUUCCCUCAGGCCUUUUCUCUACUUAUGGACUCAGUUGUCAAUUUUGGUUCUGUCACUGCCAGCAGUCAGGUGAUCUGCAAACAGCUGCCUUUAACCAAUCAGGGAUCAGCACCAGGAACAUUCCUGGUGCAGUACAGCGGAGACCCCUCAGUCCGGUUGUCACCCUCCAGUGGAACCAUCCCUGGUUGCGCUACACAGUGGUUGACUGUGGAACUGUGCACAAACAGGCCCAGGCGUAUCCAAGAGGAAGCUCUGGUGAAGCCCCAGAAUGGUGCAGCACAGGUUCUGAGUAUCAGGGCUGAGGUGGUCGACCACUGCCUUGAGCUCUACAAUAUCCAAGGGGCCCCUCUCUCCUGUCUUUGGUUCGGGCCUAUCUACUUCGGGACGACCCGUGUAGAGAAUGUGGUACUGAGGAACAACGGGCCCCAGACCUGUGACUGGAUCAGCCUGCUGCAGGACACUGCGGCUGGAACAGAGGUGGGUACAGACCUCCAGAAGAGCACAGAUGCUGCCAUGCUGGCAACAAGGGAGAAGAAGUGCAGUCUUACUGCACAAGACCCAUCCCAGGUCCUACUGUGUCUCCCCAACCAGGGUCAACUUGGACCGUAUGACAAAGUCACCCUGACAAUAUACUUCAGUCCACUCUGCAAGAGACCAUACGAAAAGAGGAGACGGACUUUCUCAGUCAGCAGACAAGACUAUUCCCUCUUCCUGCUGUUUGAGUUGAUCGGUAGCAAACAUGGCUUCACUCACAAGAAAGGUAGCAGCGGUGUGGAACUGGCCGUAACAGGCUCGGGCCUACCUGUGUCUCUGGUGCCCAGUCCUUCUUACAGUUUUAAUUUCCUCAGCUGUACGAGAGGCCAGCGUGUGGAUCUGCUGUGCAUGCUGCAGAACCACUGUCAUCAGCUUCCCGUCAACUUUCACUUCCGGAAGAAGGCCCACUUCUCCACGGAGCCCUCCACAGGCACCAUCAGCCCCGGGCAAUGCCAGGACGUGGUCCUGUCCUUCACUCCCCGUCAGCUGGGGAGUUUCCGGGUGCGUCAGAAGCUAGACAUCCUGGGUGACGUCUCCUGCAGGAGGACCGAUGACGGUGAUGGAGAGCUCUGCCGCUGCAGCUUCCACACCAUCACGCUGUACCUGUCUGCCAUCUGCUGCGCCGAGACUGCACACCCUGAGCCAAAACUUAACCCUGGAAUCACCCCAGCUGUGACCAAUCCAACUGGCUCACAGCCUCAUGUUCGCUCUGGUGAACUGGCCGGCUGCAGUAGUAUGGUCCGUGCCGCAGUCCUCUGUGCAGCCAAAACACAUCUCCACAAACAUGGCAAGCAGAGGAACCAGACCACUGAGGGGGAGGAGCUUGUGGCCUUUCCCAACGAUCGAGCUGCUAGUAUCAGGCCUGCUUCUCCACACACACAGUACAGGACCAUUUUCACAGGUGUGGGCCGUUAUCACUACGUGGACCCUGAUUAUUCCUUCACCAAGGAAGAAGAGGACCAGAGACGGAGACACAGGCAGAUCUACCUGGACUUCAUUGAAACUCUUAGACAAGCACGGCUGCAGAACAAGGAGAGAGACCAGGGGAACGUGGAGGAUGACAUGGAUAUCGGGAUUGUUCCGGCUCAGGGGCUUGUCUCACCUCAGCUCCUUCUCAGCGAGCUGCAGACCAACAACACCCCAGAGAGCAAGUCAUGCUGCCACAGCCAUGGUACCCCACAACCAGCCAAGAACCACUGUUCUCUAGAUAUGAAGUCUGUUGCAGUGCAGACCAGCAAUGGUCAGCUCAGAGAGAUACUGAGUGCAGUUCCCUCCACCAGGCAGGAGGUGGCAGACUGCAGCAGGACCCUGACACCCCAGGAACUCUACAACGUUGCGUUAAGCCCAUUGGUUGUGGACUUUGGCGAGGUGUGCGUGCAGUCGGAGAGUAUCAGGACCCUCGAGCUGGCCAACUGUCUGCCUGUGUGUGUCUGGGUGCAGCUCAAGGUGGACUGCCCCGAGCUGCAGCGUUCUUCACCCCUUUCCCACAUUCUGCUGCCCCUGUCCCACACCACUCUACCCCUUAUGUUUCAGAGCAACCAGCUGGGCAACUUUUCCAGGCCCAUCUCCUACACAGUGAACCAGCAACACCCAGGUCAGGUACUGGUCCAGGCCCAGGUUGUACCUGUGGCUCUGGAACUCUCUACCACCCGGCUGGUCCUCAGUCCCAAUCCCUCUCUGCUGGUCCAGUCUGAAUACAGAAGCUCCAUCACCCUUAGAAACCAGCGUAACCAUGCGGCAGACUUCACAUGGCGGCCGGUGGUCACCGACAGAGGCAUCCUUUUCUCCAUUCGACCGGCCACAGGCACAGUGGAGGCAUACAAGGAGUUGGACUGCGAGGUGGUGUGGCAGCCUUCCUUCUCAUCACCUCUAGAGGGCAUCUUUGACCUCUGUGUCCAUGAGGGCAACACACAGCGCCUGCACUGUAUUGCUAAGGUUGGUUCCACCAGCGUCCAGCUAUCAGAGGGACACCUGAAAUUUGGAUCGGUACCUCUUAACUUACCAUCCAUCAGAACUGUAGUCUUACACAACAUUGGAAAAAACCACGCCUAUUACCAGGUGCUGGAUGUGUGCCCUCUGCCUGGCAUGGUGGUGACUCCAUCUGAGGGGGUUGUGCCAAUGGGAGGGCAGGCUGUGCUGAAGAUCCUUUUCAGUCCUAAUGCUGCCAUCAGGUUUGACACCAGAGUGGAGAUAGCCCUGCGGAAGAUGAAGUCCAUUGAGCUGAGAGUGGGCGGAUCAGUGGUGCCUCCGCAAGUUGACAUCAGUGUGUCAGAUUUUCAGUUCCACGGGGUCCAUGCUGGUUCAAAGCACACAGUUCCAUUCACUCUGGUCAACCGAUCAUCGGCUGCUGCCCAGGUCACCUUUGACCUUACAGAAUACACCGACUUCUCCAUUAGUUUCCCCCAACACCCAGCAGAAGCAAAGCUGGAGCCAAGGGUGAGUAUUGUGGAAUUGCAGGCCCAUCAGACAAUGGACUGCUCCCUGGUUUUCAGCCCCGAUCAGGUGGCUAGCUAUGACUUCCGACUGCCACUGACGGUCAACGGUGUGAGCUGUGACUCUCCUGCACCUCCUCCAUCGCACUCCCUCACUCCAACUACCUCUACUGCGAUCUCUCGGUCCCUUUCAUCCGGCAGCAGCAAAUGUAUCGUUACACCAGAAAGUCAACCUGUCGCUGUGGAGAUGUGGUCACGACGUGUACAGGCAACAGUGCUCUGUGCCCCUGUGGAAAUGUCCCCGCCUAGCCUUCAGUUCCACAUGGAACCGUUGGCACCGCACAUCCAUUCCUGCACUCAGACUGUGGAGCUGAGAGGAGCAUGUGCGGAGAGUGUAAGUUGGGGGAGCAUAUGUGGAAAGAGGGUACACUGGUGGUUUGACUGCAGUGCUGCCAUGCUGCCAGCACAUGGUGGAGGACAGGAGGAACUCCUCACCGUGUCACCAGCAUCAGGGAGUCUGGCACCCGGACAGACUGCCUGUCUGGCUGUCGGCGUGAGACCCGUGGCUGUAAGAUUAGUGUCUGGUAGAGUGACCCGUCUUUCAGUCCCUCUUUACCUUGUGAACGAGGGAUGGGAGGAGAAGGAAAAAGAGGAGGAGCGACACCACCCGUACAGAGAACUGUGCAUCACCAUCGUGCUUCACCUCCCCACCAUCACCCUCAUCCCUCCCCGGGUCCUCCUCACCCCGUUACCCCUGGGAGCUACUGCCACAGCUGCUGUCACCUUGUGGGCCUCAGCAUAUCCCAGUGGGACCAGCAUAUUGGCUGAGGUGGGUGAGGUGGAGCUGGAGGAUGGGAGGAGGAUAGAGCCCCUGUCUGUCAUCUUUCCCCAGGGGAACACCAUUCCUGCUCCAGAAGCCUCUCUUAGCUGCACUGUGUCCUUCUGCUCGGUCGUCCCUGUGUCUCUGCGUUCAACCAUCACCUUCAUCGACCACCUCCACAACAGGUUUCAGGUGGAGGUGUGUGCUGCGGCGGAAAACUGUUUGUUGACCGUCUGGCCCUACAUGGCUCUGCACCAGUCCAAUCAGCAGAUAGUCCUCAAGAAUUGUAAUACAACCGUGGAGGCGGUCCUUCAAUGCUGUCACUCACCAAGUCCUGUUUCUGGCCUCACCUCUUCUUCCUCCUCUUCCUUUGUUCACCUCACAUCCCUAAGCAAGAACUCUGCCUCUGACUCCUUUCCAGACAGUAACAUUGAGUGUGAAAGCGGCCGUGCCAGUGGCAAUAAGGGGAUGUGUCCUGACAAAGACCUUCUGCCCAACCAGGGUAUCCCAAUAAUUCCUGCUGCUGAGUUGGAGGAGGGGCUUUACUAUCAAAAUGUUUCAUUGGCUGCCCAGAGGUGGUUCACCUUCUUUGGCUGGCCAAAUGGACCACAUCCCAUCUCAGUGCCGCACACAGUCAGAAGGGUCGUGUCAAAGAUUCAGACGGAGGAUUCUAGUGGGCGGAGUUACCGUGUCAGCCAGAAUAAAGACUCUAGGUCAGUGGUAGACAUGCUUCAUCACUUGACUGGCACACAGCUUCCUGGUAUUCCUUGCUGCCAGUCUUUCUCCAAGCACAUAGACCGGCGCACCAACCAGCUGCUCGAACAAUACCAGGCCAUGCUUGCCUUCCUAAGGGUCCAGGGAGCCAGUUUGUCUCACAUCAGACCAGAGUAUCUAUUAGAUGCACAGGAGUUCAGCCAUUGGUGCUCUGUACAGGUCACAGAGCAAGGGAUUGGCAUGGACUACAGCAAAGUUGACUAUGAAUCCAUGAGUGAACGAUCUUGGACAGAUGUGCUACUGCAAAUAUACAAGGUGUUGGUAUUGCGUCGUGUGCUGGGAGUCAGUGCUGUGAGUGCGACCUGGGGGCACAAGGUUGUGGAUCAGAGCCUUCCCAUCAGCUCCGAGCCGCUGUCCAGCAACAUCUACUCUGAGUGGGAACUCCACCUGCUCUCCUGGCUUAACACACACUACCAGAGCAUGAGGAACACUGUGUGGGGUACAGGUGAGGUCCCUUCAGCCCGCUGGAUAGUGAACUUUGAUCUGGACCUGACAGAUGGACUCGUGCUAGCAGCUCUGGUGGCUGCUUACUGCCCUUAUCUGAUCAACAGCCAUUUCAGGAGGAUGUACACCAGAACCACCAGCCUGGAACAGAUCCUCCACAACAACAUCGUUCUGGUCCAGACCUUAACCAUGCUCUCUCUCAACAUAGACAUAAAGCCCACAGACUUGUCAGAUCCUAACCCAGUGCAGAUGUUAAUGCUGUGCGUCCAUCUGUAUGAGAGUCUGCCUCAGUACCUCCCACGGUGUGCCAUCACGCUGUCAGGAGGCCUGCACAGCACCUUCAGCAAGCAGGUGCAUCUGAAAAGCCCAUCCUCUAAACCUCUCCAAUACCAGGCCUUCAUCUUUGGGGAGAAAGCCAACCUCUUCUCUCUCCCCAGUGGAUCUGCUGUCACCAUCCGUCCAAAGGCUAGCACAGAACUAGAAGUCCAGUACAACUGCUCUUCCCUGCAGCCCACUGAGGCUGUCCUUCUGCUUACCACCAGCUUUGCAACCAACCCCCGCGGCGCCACUCUUGCAUUCACCCUAAAGACCCACGUCACUCACAUCACCCUUACAAAAAUGGUCAUGUGCAAGUCUCCAUGCUACCAAAUGAAAUUGAUCCAUCUACUAGUAACUAACCCUUUCAACACAAAAGCUGAGUUCAGGGUGGUGCUGGUGGAGUCUAGGUCCAACCCCUUGAAUCCUGAGAAGAGACAGCACAAAGUCAUUGAACAGGCAUCCUUGAAAACAAGUCCUCCAACAGGGAAGAUGGGUUCUGGUGUCAGGGAAGAGAUGGAAGUGAUGGACAAAGAUGGCUGCAAUGAGCCCACUGAGUUCUUCUGCCUGGUGAAAAGUGUUUGUCUGAAGCCAGGCCAGACGGACACAAUAGACCUCCACUACCUGCCCUUCCACCUGGGAGACAUGCACUGCUCUGUGUUGCUGGUGUGCCCAGAGGUGGGGGAUAUAGUUUACUUAGUGAGGGCCACAGCAGAGCUGCCCCUCCCGUCUCCUCUCACAGCCAGGCCCAGUGCUAACAUAGCCCCGCCUGCUAAUACAUCUGGCUCAGUGUGUGAUUCUGUGCUGAGCUUGCGAUGCAAGGUGGGCCAGCGGUGUGAGGAGGUGGUGCGUGUGCCUCUGAUCAAUGUGGCGCUAGAGCGUGCCCUGGCCGCUUGGGGCCGGAGCACCAUGAGUCCUGAGGAACAAAGGAGACGGAUGCUUACGCACACACUGGACAGCAGUACCGUGAGGGCGGCUGUGGCAGUGCAGCGGCUCGUCAAACACCAGGUGCGCGCACACACACACACACACACUCUACAGGUACUAGAGUACAAUAUAGAGGUUUCUAUUCCGGAACACUUCGUUUUACCUCACACAGUUAUCCUACCUAUCAGAGGAGACAGCAACAUACCACAAGAUAACCCCACUGACUCAGAGUGUGUGGAAAUCCCUUUGCGGUUCCAGGCAAACUCAGUGGGUCAGUUCAGAUGUCAGUUGGUCCUGAGGUCCUGGCGCGAUAUCAGAGUCUAUCUGCUGGAGGCAAUGGUCACCCCACAGGGAGACCAUACUCACUUGGAUUUUAAUGUGCCGGCUCACCAGACAGUCACUCAAGACAUUCCACUUGUGAGUAGCAGUGGGGAAUUCUACGGCCCUGAGGCUCUCUGUGUACGAGUGGGAUUGAAGGCCUCUUACCCCCUCAGCUUCCAACCCUCCACACAGUUUUUGGUCAUAGGCAAACUGUCCCUGGUGAAUGACUGUGAUGGUACUGAGCACACAUUUACCCUCAAAGGAGUGGGAGUGUGCCCUCUGCCACAGGACCAUGUGAUACUACGCUGCCCUGUAGGGCAGGUCACACAUGCACAGCUCCAAGUCCCCAACUGCAGCCAGAAAAUACUCACCCUACAGGCAGUGACAGAUCUGUCUAUUGUCAGUGGACCUCCCUCUCUAGUCGUCAAAGUUGGCCAAAAGGCUCCGUAUACCCUCGCCAUUUCACCAUGGAAACGGGGAAAACACACAGGCAAUGUGUCAUUUGUAGCUAUUGAUGUGGACCAAGAGUCUGAGAGAAAUGGAGAGGGUGUGUUCAGGCCCUACGAAGUGUAUUUCUCUCUAGAAUUAAUCUGUGAACCAGCACCCCCAUUCAAAGUCAUAGACAUACAGUGCGCCGUUCAGAGCUCAGUCGCCAUAGAGAUACCUGUCAGCAACCCACAUAGGGAGCUGCUGAUGCUGGAAGUUUGUCUGGAAGGAGAGGACCUUAGUGGGGCCAACCUCAUCUCAGUUCCGUCACAUGGGACUCUUGUCUACAAGGUCACCUUCUCCCCUGUCAGAGUAGGCAGGAGGAUGGGAGGUUUGGUGUUCCAGUCAAAGCUGGUUGGGGAGUUCUGGUACCAGUUGCAACUCUAUGCUGUUCCUCCUCCAACCACCACAUUGCCACAGGUCAACUGUCAGCUGGGCAAAUGGACCACACAGACCAUUCCUCUGGUCAACCCCACGGCAGAGACCCUGGAAUUGGCUGUGGCCAACAGUAACCCUAGAAACUUCACACUAGAGAUGGACAUGGGAGACACUGUCAUAGUGGCUCCACAUUCCACCACCCGGCUUGGAGUCCAGUUUAGGCCUUCAUCUCUUGGAGAGGGAAAUCACACAGCACAGAUCAGCUUCACCUGUCCUCAGUUGAAGGAAUGGUGUUUCUUGUUAAGUGGGUUUGGCCUGAAGCCAGAGAGCGAGGAGCCAAUGAGCAUCUCAUCUGUGAUUGGUUCCCAUGCUUCUGUCAUUGUUCCCUUCAUAAACCCCACCGAAUACCCAGGCCUGCUCAGCAUCACACUCACAGAUGAGAACCCAAGUGGGGCCUCCAGCAGGCAACCAAUCAUGAAAGACAAGCAGUUGUUCCGGAUCCCUCUUGAACACACACAAGGUGUGCUGGUUGGUCCAGGGGCCGGUUUUGACGUGCCUGUGGUGUUUGUCCCCGACUCUAUGGAGCCACAGCAGGCUUGGCUCUGCAUCACUCAGGAGCCCGUCAGCAGCACGGCCGGUAACACAACGUCCAGUAAACACAUGACCAACAUGAGGCCAGCUAAAGAGAGAGACCAGGAUUUGUCUCUCAUCCGUUGGGUUUAUCCCCUCCAUGGGAAUCCCAAGGAGGAACCCACUGAGCCUCAAGGUGAUGAGGGCAUCCACAUAUCAGCUGUUGGGUUGAAGAAAACCUCCAUUAUUGGCUUGCGUCUGACCAGCACUACCCCAGAACACACAGCAAGAGAGACAAAGCAAGACUACAGGGCCAGGUACCAAAUACACAAACAUAAAAUGCAAAUAACGAUAAAAACCCAUAGGCACUUCAGGUGUCUACAUCCAUCUUGGACCUAUGAGGUGAGAGGAAAGACCCUUCCGUUCUCCCCGCUGGUCUCCAUCAGGUCAUCCGCUGACAGCUCUCCAGCUCAGCUCUGUCCAGCCAGUCAACACAACUUUGUGGCCUGUAACCUUCGACUUCCUGCUGUGGCAAACUCAUCACCUCUCAAAAUUCACAAAUAA